AUGGCAAGUGGCAGUGACUUGUUCAUAGCUUUCUUGGUAGUAUCGACGGUUGUGUUGAGCUUGAGGUGUGUUGUUGAGGCUAGAUUUGUGGUGGAGAAAAGUAGCAUCAGGGUUCUCUCUCCAUACAAGCUUCGUUCAAAGCAUGAUGGUGCUAUUGGUAACUUUGGAGUUCCUGACUAUGGAGGAUCCAUGGUGGGUACUGUUGUUUAUCCUCAGACUGGCUCUGAUGGGUGCAAUCCAUUUGAGGGUGAUAAACCCUUCAAGUCAAAGUCUUCUCGUCCCUCUUUCCUCCUCCUCGAUCGUGGAGGAUGCUACUUUGCCUUGAAGGUAUGGAACGGUCAACAGGCUGGUGCUGCGGCUGUUUUAGUGGCUGAUAGCAUAGAUGAGCCUUUGAUAACUAUGGACUCUCCUGGGGAGAGCUCUGAUGCGGAUGGUUACAUAGAGAAGAUUGGCAUUCCAUCCGCUUUAAUUGAGAAGUCCUUUGGCGAGACCUUGAAAACCACCUUGAAGACAGGCGAGGUUGUUUUGGUAAAAUUAGACUGGCGAGAGUCAAUGCCCCAUCCUGAUGAGAGGGUUGAGUAUGAGCUAUGGACAAACAGCAAUGAUGAGUGUGGAAUUCACUGUGAUGAACAGAUGAAUUUCAUAAAGAAUUUCAAGGGACAUGCUCAGAUUCUAGAGAAGGGUGGUUAUACUCUAUUCACACCACACUACAUAACUUGGUAUUGCCCUCNUCACUGUGAUGAACAGAUGAAUUUCAUAAAGAAUUUCAAGGGACAUGCUCAGAUUCUCGAGAAGGGUGGUUAUACUCUAUUCACACCACACUACAUAACUUGGUAUUGCCCUCCGACUUUCAUCCUUAGCAAUCAGUGCAAGUCUCAAUGCAUAAACCACGGGAGAUAUUGUGUGCCUGAUCCAGAGCAGGAUUUUGGGGAAGGGUAUCAAGGGAAGGAUGUCGUGUUUGAGAACUUGAGGCAGCUUUGUGUGCAUAGAGUUGCCAAUGAGAGCAACCGACCAUGGGUCUGGUGGGAUUUUGUGACAGAUUUCCACAUCAGGUGUUCAAUGAAACAAAAAAGAUAUAGCAAAGAAUGCGCCGAAGAUGUAAUGAAAUCACUUGGUUUGCCAAUUGAGAAGCUGAAAAAAUGCAUGGGCGAUACUGAAGCUGAUGUGGAAAAUGAAGUCCUAAAAAUUGAGCAAACACUCCAGGUUGGUCGAGGAUCUCGUGGUGAUGUUACUAUCUUGCCAACACUGGUUAUAAAUAACGUCCAAUACCGAGGAAAAUUGGAGAGGACUGCCGUGUUGAAAGCCAUAUGCGCAGGAUUUAAGGAGACUACUGAGCCUUCAAUUUGUCUAACUGGAGAUCUUGAGACUAAUGAGUGCCUUGAAAGGAAUGGUGGCUGUUGGCAGGACCCACAGUCCAAUAUAACAGCUUGCAAGGAUACGUUCAGGGGAAGAGUGUGUGAGUGCCCCCCUUUGGUGAAUGGCGUUCAGUAUAGAGGAGAUGGAUAUAUUUCUUGUGAAGGUGUUGGACCUGGAAGGUGUACAAUAAACAAUGGAGGCUGCUGGUUAGAUAUUAAAGAUGGCAAAAGAUUUUCAGCUUGCUCAGAGUCUAAUCUAUUAGGCUGUAAAUGUCCAAAUGGUUUUCGCGGGGAUGGUCAUACAUGUGAAGAUGUCAAUGAAUGCUACUUUUCUUCUCUAGGAAAAAAGUGUUUCGUUUUUACAUUAAUUCGAAGUGACCCGCCUUAUGAAAAUGAGUGGUUGGCUAUUUCAUGA